GAGUGUUGGCUCCGAGUGGCGUCAAUCCCACAGCGCGACUUGUGUGAGGCCGGUAAGGGAGCAGCGGGGGUUAAAGUCCCCCAAAAUGUUGGCGAGACACAAGUCCGACACCAACUGAAUGGAGGCGAAGGUGUCAGCGAGCGGAGAUAAUAAACCCGUCAACCGAGCGGCUUGUUGAGUUCUCCGUAAGCGUCCAGCUCUCGGCCUCCCCAUGCCUCCAUCUCCUCUUGACGACAGAAUUGUGGUGGCGCUGCCAAGGCCAAUCCGACCUCAGGAACUCCAACUGCACCUGGACACUAGUUACUUGGACUCUAUUACCACCAGCAGUAGCAGCAAGACAGUCAUCAACACCACAGUGGUGAAGAUCCGGACGACGGUCAAUAUUGUAACGUAUAUGCCCUCAUCCAAGGGCUCCACGCGCUCAUUGUCGUGUGGAUGCAGCAGUGCCAGCUGCUGCUCUGUGACUACCUAUGAGAAGGACAGCCAGAGCCUUACCCACAGCCAGGUGAGUGCAAGCAGCCCAAAUCUCAGCUAUGCUGGGCCCCCAAUCCCUGUGGUCACCAACCAUGAGGCAUUGAGCACUCCCAGUCUCCCUGGCACGCCCAAGGCCCUCUCCACAGUGCGCAUUAUCCACCCCAAUGAGCUGGCCAAGCGAAUCACCUGCUGCCCUAUGGGUCACCCCAUCGGCCCUGUGCCGGUCAUCAUUGACUGCCGGCCCUUCUUGGAGUACAACAAGAGCCAUAUCCGGGGGGCUGUACACAUCAACUGCUCUGAUAAAAUCAGCCGGCGACGGUUGCAGCAGGGUAAGAUCACUGUGCUUGACCUCAUCUCUUGCCGUGAGGGCAAGGACUCUUUUAAAGGCAUCUUCUCCAAAGAAAUUGUAGUAUACGAUGAGAGCACCAUGGACCCCAGCCGGCUGACAUCUUCCCAGCCACUACCUAUUGUCUUGGAGUCACUGCGGCGGGAGGGAAAGGACCCCAUCAUCCUCAAAGGAGGCCUGAGCAGCUUCAGGCAAAGCCACGAGAACCUGUGCGAGCAUUCGCUGCACCUCCACCCGGACGUGGACGCCGGCGCAGCCGCUGGCCUGAUGGGGGCGCUACCUCACACCCUGCCCUCCACCCCGGAUAUUGAAAACGCUGAGCUAACACCCAUCCUGCCUUUCCUCUUCCUGGGGAACGAGCAAGACGCCGAGGACCUCAACCUGCUGCAGCGCCUGAACAUCGGCUACAUCCUGAACGUCACCACCCACCUGCCGCUCUACCACUACGACACGGGCGUCUUCGUCUACAAGCGCCUGCCCGCCACCGACAGCAACAAGCAGAACCUCCGCCAGUACUUCGAGGAGGCAUUUGAAUUCAUUGAGGAAGCACACCAAGCCGGCAUGGGCCUCCUGAUCCACUGCCAGGCGGGCGUGUCUCGCUCGGCCACCAUCGUGAUUGCAUACCUGAUGAAGCACACGUGGAUGACCAUGACGGACGCCUACAAGUUUGUCAAAACCAGGCGGCCCAUCAUAUCGCCCAACCUCAACUUCAUGGGCCAGCUGCUGGAGUUCGAGGAGGACCUCAACAACGGUAUCACGCCGCGCAUCCUCACGCCAAAGCUCAUCGGCGUGGAAACUGUCGUCUAGGUGAGGCUCUCCGCGCGUACUCGAAGAGAGGCUGGAAAUUUUUGCUGUGCUUGAGCGACUGGGCGAGCAGCUUCAUGAUUCUCCUUACGCUCAUGUUGGACUCUCUGCAGCGCCAAAGCACAGGGUCAACGGCGAUGGGAAACGCCAAAAAUCCUGACUGUUUGGACCUAGCUGAAGUCGCGGAGAAGAGUAGUGGUCAGUGGGAACGUUUCCGGUUGUGACCACGGACAAGCCAAUGCGAAGGACGUUUAUAAGAUUUUCAGUGUACUUAAAAUGUUUAUAUUUGUAGACUCAGGCAGGGGUGGCCACAGCAGUGCCUGUCCAAAAAAUAAAGAAGAAGAAAAAAAAAAGUUUAAGACAUGUUUGGUGUGUUUAUGGUGUUCUAUUUUUAUACGGGGUUUUACGGGGUUGACCAUGACAAGCCCAGUGCGGCUUACUGUGCAAUAAUUUGAGUGGAAUGCAACUGAGACCUUGGAUUUUCUGUGUAUAUAUUGGUAAUGAUGAUAAAACAUUUCCAGCUUUUUGCUGAAACACCAUUUUGAUGUUAAUGUAAUUAAGUUCAAACAAAAA